AGUGAGUCGUUGACAUUUGUCCAAUGAUCGUGUGUCUGUGUUCAGAAGGGCGGAGCUAUAAUUUGAAUAUCGGAGUCUAGAUAAGCCGGUGCCGGGCGCGCUUCCUCAUUCUUCAGUUUUACUCGAAGAGAAGAAAAUCAUGCCUGAACCCGCCAAGUCCGCCCCGAAGAAGGGCUCCAAGAAAGCCGUGACCAAGACGGCUGGUAAGGGAGGCAAGAAGCGCAGAAAGUCCAGGAAGGAGAGCUACGCUAUCUACGUGUACAAGGUGCUGAAGCAGGUCCACCCCGACACCGGCAUUUCCUCCAAGGCGAUGGGCAUCAUGAACUCGUUCGUCAACGACAUCUUCGAGCGCAUCGCCGGUGAGUCGUCCCGUUUGGCUCAUUACAACAAACGCUCCACCAUCACGUCCAGGGAGAUCCAGACCGCCGUGCGCCUGCUUCUUCCCGGUGAGCUGGCCAAGCACGCCGUGUCCGAGGGCACCAAGGCCGUCACCAAGUACACCAGCUCCAAGUAAGAAGUGACGGAGACUUCAUUAAACCCAACGGCUCUUUUAAGAGCCACCCACGUUUUCGCACAAAGAGCCCUUUACGUUUGCGAAUGUCAGGGAGAGCAGGAUGUUUCUGCGGAGUUGGGGAGAAAAUAUAAGCUAGGGUUGUCCGCAUUUCAGUCUGUUUUACUGCAUAAUUACUUGCUAGUAGUUACUCUAUUGUGUGGGUAAUGGUAAGGCUUGUAGUAAAAUAAGUUAUAUUUCAUGUUCUGUAGAAGUGUAAUGAAUGAGUGAGCAAAAUGUUUAUGAAAUUAGACUAAGUUAAAGUAGGUUAGAUGCUAGGCCUUACAUCUGUGAUGUAGAACCAGGCAUUAAGACUUAUGCAGUUAGAGUAAGUUGGCCUUAGGCUAAUGCUAAAGUACCAAUGAGUACAGGUAGAUUAAGAACUAAACCUUAGGUUGUUGCUGCUGGCAGUGUAAGUAAAAGUAGUUUUAUAUAGACUUAUCACUAAGCCUCUGGCUUCUAAAGUGGUCAGAGUUAAUAGAGGUGGCUGUGGAGCUUAUCAUGUAGAUAGGAUUAACGUAGGGCAAAGCCUUAGGCUCCAGAAAAAGUUAAAGUGAACUAAAGCUUUCAAGCUAGGCCUCAGGCUUACAAUGAUGUUAAAGUAGGGGAGGGCCUCAGGCUUGUGAAGGAGUAAGAGUGAGCGUACUGAGAUGUAUAGUGAGCUGUUAUAAUGACUUAUAAGGAAGUUGUAGAAUGAUAGCAGGUACAGAGCUGGGCUUUUAGCUGAUGAUAUAGUUUAAGCAAGCAAAAUAUUUCAUCAAUAUUAAAAU